UUUUUUCUCCCCUCAGCCCCAGUUUGUAGGAAUGCCUAUUACAGGUAAAUGCAGGGCGCGCAGUGAAUAUACGGAGAUCUGACAUUUGACAUGUACUGCCAUGUAGGAAGAGAUUAUCGUUGCCAUUACUGUAAACAUGCCCCUAUAUUGCUCGUACUAUUUGAUGAGUGCAUGUAUCACACGCACAUCCCUUGCUUGCCAUGCUACAUAUUGCAUAUUCCCGUCCAUGUCUUAUCGCUCCAUGUCUUUUUUUCCUCGGUUGGUCUUCUUCUAGCUGGUAUAUUACUACAUGUACAUGUACGUAUUACUAUUAACCGAUGUGCUUGCUUUGCUUCAUCACCCCCAGCCAAUAAAAACGUCAGGGGACCUCUCUGCGCUACUCCAUAUUCGAGCUCUGCUCUCUGCAUGUGGUUGAUUUUGCUCUUGCCGCGCAUGGCGCCCAUAAAUUUCCAGGCUCGCCAUUCGUCGCUUUAGCCAAGUCAGCAGCCGAAUGUUUGGUCCAAUGCGGAAUUUGCAGGACCGCGCAUUUGGCCUUACUUGUAUGUAUGGACCACCUAGAGCCUUCACGAUGCUUCCAACAGGUAUGUAGAGACUGGGGGGGUUCACAUGACCUUGG